GUAUGUGCGUGUGAGUGAGUAGUCUUCCUGGUUCUACUCGGCUGUUAUUUGUCUUCUCUUUUAGACUUUCGUGUUAUAUUUUCGGUUCUGUUCAGACAGAGUUGGUCAUGCGGACCGGGUAAUCGCUUUAGGGUCAGUUUACCGGUUAGUACUGGUUAACUCACGGCUCUCCGGUGAGCUAGCUGACAGCGAAAGGUUUCCUGUCACCAACAGCAUGUUUGCAUCCUGCUGUAACUGGUUGUGUAUGGACUCGGGUGACGUGAGUCCAUCGAGUGGGCCUGAAAGACGACAUCAGUCCUUCACAAACUCUCCACCUGAGCACACCUGUAAGGCCUGUGGGGGGGCCUUCGACACGCCUGCCAAGAAGCACAUGUGUGUGGACUGUAAGAAGAACUACUGCUGCCGUUGCUCUGCCCAGCGGGAGCUCCGUCCCCGUCUCUGUCACACCUGUCAGCGUUUCUACGGGAACCUGUUGCAGCGAGCGGAGCUAAUGAAGCUGAAAGUAAAGGAGCUCAGGGAUUACCUGCACCUGCAUGAGGUCUCCACUCACCUGUGCAGAGAAAAGGAGGAGCUGGUGGAGCUGGUCCUGAGUCAGCAAGCAUCACCUUCCAGCAGCUUCACCCCUGAUACACCGAUAAUUGACCCCGCCACAGCAACCUCUAACCUUCCUGACGACCUCCUGACCUCCAACCCUCCGAUGCCUCGUAUUUCUGACCCGCCCACUGAUGUGCCCAUCCCUGCCUCUUCCACUCCAGAGCCUGAAGCCCUACUUCCUGAGUCAGAGACUCCGCCCCCUGAGCCCACCCUGCAGGAUGAAGACCAGAACUGGGACUCGGAGGAAGCGGCGGUAUCUGGACGACGGGCCUCGUUGUCGGACCUGAACAACGUAGAGGACAUCGAGGAGCUCAGCGUGCGGCAGCUGAAAGAAAUCCUCGCCAGGAACUUUGUCAACUACAAGGGCUGCUGUGAGAAGUGGGAGCUGAUGGAGAGGGUGACCCGACUGUACCAGGACCAGCAGAACCUACUGGCUGUGACCUUGGUCAAUGCUGCAGACUGUAGUGAGAGCGGUCACGGAUCAGCGCCACCGGGCCUGGAGGAGAACCUCUGUAAGAUCUGCAUGGACUCUCCCAUCGACUGCGUCCUGCUGGAAUGCGGUCACAUGGUCACUUGCACCAAGUGUGGGAAGAGGAUGAGCGAGUGUCCCAUCUGCCGCCAGUACGUCAUCCGGGCUGUGCAUGUGUUCCGGUCAUGAAGUCAGCCGGGCCCAGGUACACCAGAACCCGCCCAAAAAUCUAAAGGAACAUUUUUAAUGAGAGGCGGUGGCGUUUCAGUUUGACCUGUCUGACCCUCCCACCACCACCACCACUAAUGAGACUAGAACAUCAUCAAAGGGAAAUUCUGAGUUCAUCUAAACUGUUUCUCUGGAGUGAAUGAAGUGUUUGGUACUGAUUGGACCUUCUGUGCUGCUACGAGAUCAUCUCCCAGUUUGUGAAGUGAAACCGCCGAAGAAACGAGUCGGGAGCCCUCCAGCGACUGAUCUCCGUCUCUGACCCACUGUGUGUGUCCCAGGCCCCGUCUGACCUGCAGGACCAGAUUCAUCAGAACUGCACUCACCAUGUUGCCUUAAUGCUUCUCUGCUGGACUUAGCAGUCAGCAGAGUUGUGACUGGAUCCAGAUCCAUCAACACAGAAUUCAAAACAACCUCCUUCAUCUGUCUUCUCAUUUUGUCUUAAUAAGUCCCAGAAAUCUGAGGUGUCUCCCCCUGGUGAACACCAGGGGGAGACAUUGUAAUGUCUCUUCUAGUGAACUCAACUUUAGCCCCAUUCCCACCUGUACCGGGUCGGCCCGGGCCGGGUAGCAUAGGUUGUUUACAUAUCUGGGUGGCCUGGAAUUUUCCCGGGCCAACCAAGGCUCAUUCUCGGCCCUCUUCCCGAGGGGUACUGCUUCAGGUCGACCAGGGCCAACACGCCCACUGCUGACUGCAAAUUCACACCUUCCAUUAGAGCAAGCCUCUGAUUGGUGGGUAGAAUCAGCCCACAUGGGCUUAAGGCAAGGAUGUGUGGAAUCAACCGGGCCAGGCUGGGGCCGACUGGGGCUACCCGGCCCGGGCCGACCCGGUACAGGUGGGAAUGGGGCUUUAGACACCUUCUAGAUCAGGGGUAGGCAACUCCCUUCUCCAGGGAUGUUUUAGUUGUUUCUCUGCUCUAGAACCACCAGUAUUCUGCUGUAUCAGUCUGUUCUGGUUCUGUUUGUUUUUGUUGUUUUCCAUUUUUUUAUUUUUCAUACUCUGAUGAUUAGGUUUUUAAUUUUAUUAUUUAUAUGGACAGGUGAGAUGUCUUUUUUUGUUCUGGAGAAAAAGGGAAGGGUCGGUGACAUCAGAACCAACACAGAUGGCCUAAAGGGGGGGCAACUCCAUCUGAUGGCCCAGGACCCGACUCCUCUAAAGUUCAGAUUCAUCUGAACAGCCGGAGAACACAAAACCUGCUGUGUGAUGUUUUGGACCUGAGAGUUAAACCCAGAUUAAGUCGUGAUUUUGGGUCAGUACCAGCCAGUUCUGAGUGUCAAGCAGAACGUUUCCCUCAUUGCACUAAAAACUUUUCAUGCCGAAACACUUUAAGCUUUGUGGCUCCGUUAGAAGUAACUGAACUGGGUUUUCUUUGUUCUGAUGGAUGCCAUGUUCCAGGUGUCAGAGCCCUCUACUGGGUUCUGCAGCCAUGGGAGUUCUGGUUCUAACAAAGCCUUCUGUAAUCAAAUGUCCCUCCUGCCACCUUGUCCUUGGGCCAGCUAAUGCAGAACUGGCCCCUCAGUCACCCACUCAGAAUCUCUUCAGUCUGAGUGAUCAGAUGUAAAUGUGUCCCCAUCAGAUCAUCAGAACAGAAGCUGGUACCAGGCCUGAACACUACCUGAGGGAGAACUGUUUGAACUUUUUGAUUCUUUUGAGUUUGUUGAAUUUUUUUCCUGAGUGGAAUUUGUAAUAAAAUUGAUCUGGAAUCAUC